CUUUCUAUCAAAGACUUUGAUAAGCAGUGGAUUCUUGUCAAUAAUAUUUGGACAAGAUUUAAUGAAUACAAAUUAAACAAUGGUGAUGAGCGUAAAACUUUUGUUUGUAGGCUUUCAAAGCCUAAAGAAUCAAGCAAAAGAAAGGAAAAUAUUACUUCUGAAAAACUUUGU